AUGUGUUUUAUAGAAAAUAAGACAAGAAUUAAUUCCAGCAAGAACACUACGGAAUUUGAAACAUUGUUAUCUCCAAGUGACCAUUUCAAAAGCUAUCCCAUCGAGAAAGUUAAUUUCGAUUUGCCAAAUGAUCUUCAGACCCAAUGUGAAAAAUAUGAUAUAACAAUAAGUAAUUCUGCCACUUACAAUACUGAAGUGAUAAUAUCUAAAAGUUCAAGACCAGAGUUCCAAGCAAAUCGAGAAGCCUAUUGA